AUGGAUCAGCACAUAGAGAAGAAGCUUGGAAAGGGAGAGCAUGAUGUUUUUACUCAAGAAUCACCCAAUGAGAAGAGGGAUGUUCAUGGAGGAAGAAAUUAUCAGCAACCACCUCACAAGAGAAGAAUGGAGCCAAGGAGCAAUUUUGAAGAUUUGAUAACUUUCAUCAAGAGUUCUCAUAGAGAGCACACAGCCUUGAUUGAUGAGAGAUUGGAGUCAGCCUUCACUAGAUUGAAUGAGAAGUUGGAUUCUAUUUCUUCUUUCACAAGAGACUUGGAUCUUAGAGUUGCCAACAUAGCCAGCUCUAUUAAGAGAGAAGAAGGUGUGCUACCAGGAAAAGUGGAAAUCAAUCCAAGGAGAGCAGCUGUAGCAGCUAUCACUCUUAGGAAUGGAAAAGGGUAUGAGCCACCAGCAUACCCAGAUCAAGAGGAAGCAAAGCCGCCAACCAAGAAGAAACCAAUGGAGUAUGUCAUUAUUGGAGAUGGGACUGAACCACCUAAGGAAGUCCAUGUCAGAAUAGAACCAGGAACUCAGGAGGAAGUGGAGAAGCCACCUGAAGAACCAAGAGUGUAUGAGCCAAAGAUCCCAUACAGAAAUGUUCUUUCUCAACCCAAGAAGGAGAAGGAGCAAGCAAAGCUCAAGGAUCUUGUUAGCCAACUUUCAGUAAGGUUACCUUUCAUUGAUGCUUGCCAAAUAAUUCCAUCUCUCAGGAAGUAUAUGAAGGCCAUACUCACAAGCAAUGUGAGUCUUGAAGAAGGAGCAAUGAUGAUUACAAAGGAGUGUAGUGCCAUACUUCAGAAUCGCAUGCCAGAGAAGCUGAACGACCCAGGAAUGGCCAAGCUAUUGGGCAUCACUGACUUCAAACCUACAAAGAUCUCUCUAGUCUUUGCAGACAGAUCUGUUCGCCGCCCUGUUGGUGUUAUUAUGGAUGUUCCAAUCAUGGUUGGAGAUUGCUACAUCCCUGCUGAUUUUGUAGUUCUUGAGCUGGAACACCAACCUAAAGACCCUCUUAUCUUGGGAAGGCCAUUCCUAGCUACUGCAGGAGCUAUAAUAGAUGUCAAGAAUGGAAAGAUUGACUUGCAUCUUGGAGAUAUAGUGAUGAAUUUCGAAGUAAACAAGUCUAUGGAGAAGCCAACUGUAGAUGGUCAAGCUUUUUGGAUUGGAGAGCUCGCAGAGACAAGAGAAGAAGUGCUGGAUGAACUCCUUCUUAUUGAUCCCUUGGAGCUAGCUUUGACAAAAGCUGAGAAUGAGUAUGGAUACAUGGAAAGAGAAGCUCAAUGCUUAGUCAAGUUCAUGGAUUCAAAGGAAGCUUAUAAAGAGCUGAUAGCUUAUAUGGACUUAGAGAGAGAAGAGGAAGAGCCAGACAUUGACAAGAAUCAGGAAAUAUCACAAACCAAAGUUAAGUUCGACCCAUGGUGCCCACUUAGAGCUCCAAAAGCCGAGCUCAAACAACUCCCAGUUGGUCUAAGGUAUGAAUAUCUUGGUCCUAAUGAAACAUAUCCUGAAUCUCACCUGAACUAUGCACACAUCGCAUCAUCCUGGAGGAUGAGUCUAGUUCUUCAAUUGAACAUCCAAAGGAGGCUAAACCCAAACCUAAAGGAAGUUGUCAAGAAGGAGAUAAUGAAGCUAUUGAAAGCUGGAGUGAUUUAUCCAAUAUCAGAUAGUGCAUGGGUCAGCCCUGUACAUGUCGUGCCAAAGAAAGGAGGGAUCACAGUCAUCAAGAAUGAACAUGAUGAGCUCAUUCCAACAAGAACAAUCACUGGACACAGAAUGUGUGUCGACUACAGGAAACUGAACUCCUCCACGCGCAAGGACCACUACCCCUUGCCAUUCAUAGAUCAGAUGCUUGAGCGCCUUGCCAAUCAUCAAUACUACUGUUUCUUGGAUGGAUACUCAGGAUUUUUCCAAAUUCCAAUCCACCCAGAUGAUCAGGAGAAGACUACAUUCACUUGUCCCUAUGGCACAUAUGCUUAUAGGAGAAUGCCUUUUGGAUUGUGCAAUGCUCCAGCUACAUUCCAAAGGUGUAUGAUGUCCAUAUUCACAGAUCUCAUAGAAGAGAUUAUGGAGGUUUUCAUGGAUGAUUUCUCAGUAUAUGGUUCUUCCUUUGAAUCAUGUUUGGGGAAUCUUGGAAGAGUGCUACAGAGAUGUGAAGACAAGCACCUAGUUCUAAAUUGGGAGAAGUGCCACUUUAUGGUUAGAGAUGGAAUAGUGCUUGGACAUAGAAUCUCAGAAGAGGCAUAG